AUGCUAUUAAUAUUACUUCCAUCAAUUAUAUUAAUAUUUCUAAAUAUUCAAUAUUGUGAAACAAUUAUUUCAAAAAUAUUACCAUCCGUAUCUAUACUUGAAGAGAGUCCAUUAUCCACCACUCUCGUCGAUCUUCAAUCAUAUUUAAAUACACUUGGUUUUCGAUCUGAACAUUACUCAACAUCAGCAAUUAUUCUCUUACAAAGUCAAACAAGUGCACCAUUUGAAUAUAUUAAUGGAACAAUACGUUUAAAAUCACGUUUAGGUAUAGAAAAAAAGAAGAAGAAGAAAGAAAAUAGAUUUAAAAUUAUUAAAUAUUGUUGUUGUUGUUGUUGUUUUUUUUCCAUUGUAGAUCGAGAAGAAUAUUGUAAAAAACGUUUAUGUAAUUGUGAUCCAAAACUUAACAAUAAUAAUCAAUGUAAUUUUACGAUAACUUUAACCGCUAAUAUUGAUACACCACCGUACAACUAUAUUCUUUCAUUACCUAUAACAUGUGUCGAUUUGAAUGAUAAUGCACCAAAAUUCUCACAAUUAGAAUCAACAAUAACAAUUGCUGAAAAUGCACCACGUGGUCAUCGUGUACCAUUGGAAACAGCUACGGAUAGUGAUUCAUCACAAUAUGGUAUUAGUGAAUAUCGUCUACUUUGGUUAAAUAAUACAUCAACAAAAGCAUUUUCAAUUGAUUAUGAUAAUAU